AUGGUAUCUCUUCUGAGAUCUGUCAGGUCGACAGCACCCAGCCAUCUAGUUGGCACUCUGACACGAUGGGACCCGGAUACUAACACCUGCAGCAGCCCGCUCGAGAUCCACAGUAACGAGCAAGUAUAUGUUGGCAGAGAUAAGACCAAAUGUCGUUACUUCAUUAAUGAUGUUUUCGUUUCCAAGGUCCACAUUUGGAUCUACUGUAUCAUCUUCGACGAUUCAAAGCUAAACGAGGUUCCUCCACUAAUCUUUGCUCAUGACCUGUCCCGUAAUGGGACCUUCCUCAAUGGCUUCAAAAUCAGCCAAGACGGUGUUCUCCUAAGUAAUCGUGAUGAGCUGAGGAUUGGCAGUCAUAUUCACCUUCGAUUCACCUCAGCCUCAGAUGAUAAGCGAGACAACUUCACUUCGCUUCAGACGAUCGAGAUCAAGGUUAGCUAG